CCCUGGGCGCAGGGUGCUUGAUCACUUCCGUGGGGGUAUAUAUCAGGGUAAAUGCUCUUCUCGGGGACAUUAAUUCUCAAAACGAGGGGAAAAAGCUCACGUUGAUCGACGAUCCUGUCCUCCGGACUCUCUAAACUUUUUUUUCGAUUACUUGUAUGAUUUCAUGGUUGCAUUUCUCAGUUUUUCCGCUUCCCUGGCUGGAUGAUACGUCGUUAAUACAGCUUCUACAUAAUUUUGGAACAUAUAGCUCAUGAUGAUAGCACUACGACUAGAGUGCACGUAAGGUGACGUCAAACUAAACAUCAAGAAUGGGAAACAGUGGCAGUUCACCGAUGGGUGCAUCCGUGCCAAUCAACUCCCAGGGACUUGAAAAUCGCCCUCCCCUAGAGAAACCAAUCAACAUCACUAAUAACAACUCUUCCAUCAAGACACCAAAGGAUCCUCCGUCCACCAAUGGUAUCGAGAAAGAGUUGAUCAGUAUGAACGGAAGCGGCAGCCACGACGUGAUUUUGAACAAGGACAACGAGCCGUUAAUCGGGGAGAACACCAAGUUUGAAUGGGACAGACAGGUACCCCUCAUGGACCCCACCGUAGUGGCCAUGAUGGUAGAGAAGAUGGAGAUGAUGAAGAAGAUGAAGAAGAUGGGAGGGCGCCCUCCGAUGAACAAUGGGCAAGAACCAAACGGGACGGUGGUGGACGGGAAGAUGCCAACGAACGGUAACCUGCAUCCGGCACCUUUGAAUGGUAACACGACAUCCAACAAACGGUUACCACCGAAUGGUACCCACCCCCAUGGAAAGGCUACGCCCAACGGUGCACACCCCGUGAAUGGGAAGAUGCCGCCGAAGUUCCCCAAGCUCUUGGGCAGUACAGAAAAUGCUGUUCGGAUUGUGAGGCAUAUGAAGACAGUGUUCAAUUCAGAUGAAGUACAGGACCUCUGCGAUGAAAAACUGGAUUCGACAGACAGCAACAUGAUGUUCAAAAUGAUGCAAUGUAAACUGGAAAUGGAAUUCAAAUUCUUAAACGACCUGGGUAUGGGUCACCUCACGCAGCUGAUCAAACAAGGAAAACUCCCUCCUGUUGUGCAAUUGGUCUUCAUAUGCUACCAAGACGAUCCAGAGGUCUUAAAGGAAAUGGCAUUUGUUGGUCCCAUAUUUUCAAAGCGACCCGAUCUAAUGGUUAGAAAAGGAGACGCAGUUCCGAAUAUCAUCCUGAGGACUUGCUCCGAAGAGGCAGUGACGCUGAACGAACUUCAUCUAAACAAAAACCUCCCCCUUGUUGUCUUUGCUGCCUCAUCAUCCUGACCCCCGCUUCAGGCCUGUUUAAUAGGUGGAGCUCUCUCUGACUUGCUGGAGAGUUACCGAACGCAGGCCGAGUUCUUAGUAGUUUACUUGGAGGAGGCUCAUGCCAAAGGGGAAUUUGGCAUGGGAAGUAAGAUGAGUAGGAAUUCUAGACAUUCCUCUAUCCAUGAUAGAAUCAAUGCGGCAAAGGAUCUAGUAGCACUGGACAAAACUCACAGUUGCUGUUUAACCGAAGACAUUUCCGACACCAGUCGAAUGCGGGUUGUAGUGGACACCAUGGACAAUACCUUUACGUCUCGCUUUGACGCCUUCCCCGAUCGCGCGUUCAUCAUCCGCAACGAACAAGUGGCGUACAUUGGUUCCGAUAUUAUGGACCAAAUGGAACACCCCGAACGGCUGAUGACGGACGAGAUCCGCGUCUGGUUGAAAGAGAAUAAAGAGAACAUUUAAAUGAUUAUUCCAGCCGCCAUUAGACCGUCAGAGUGACUUUUUUUUAUUCUGGCGCGUUUCAAAGUCGAGGACAUGACGAACAUGCAGCUUCAGAGACUUUUAGAUAGACGCCAAUCAAAGAAGAGCAUUGCGUGUUUGAAAAUUGCCGUUAGCAUGGUUAGCCCGUACUGCUUUGCACGCUGGCAAAUUGAAAGGAAGAAAGCGAGAUGGCUCUAUAUCCACAUUUGGAUAGCGUACGUCGUCAUCAGACAUGACAGAUACAUUUGUCUCUGUUUUAAGGGAGACGUCACUUUUGUCUCUCGUUUACCUGUUAAUUGUCUCCCGAGACAUGCUAUAUAGACCGUCGCAGUUCGACAUAAACGCGUAUGAGUCCCCAUCAAACAGAGAUGUCAUCAACUGCGCACUUGUAAAGUCGACAUCGGGGGUCUUUUCACGAGGAGUUUUUGUAAGAGAUUUUUUUUUCACUAAUUCGCUCUCGGCCAAUAGGAUGCGAAGAUUUCAACUAGUUCAGAAGACCAGUCAGUGAAAAAUUACGGGGAAAUGAAGCAUUUCAUGAAACAAAUACAUGUAGUGAUUUUCAAAUGUUGCUAAACCUAUAGAAAUCUUUGUAUCUUAUUGGCUUACCCCCCCCCCC